AAAGGGGGGAAAUUGACCAUAGAUUUGAUUGUAUUUGUUCAUAGUUCAGUUUGUUUUUUCAGCUUACUUUUUCCCACUACACUUUCCGGGAUAAAAUAGGUAUUUUUACAUUGAAUAUUUUGCCUGUAGCUUGUUGAAUCAUACUGUGCCUUAAUCAUUGGAAUGUAAACCUUAUACCUAACAUGUGCAUUCAAUUCAGUACAUUUUUUUUAAUUAUUAUUAUUAUUAUUAUUAUUUUUUUUUUUUGAACAUCAGUUUCUCUGUAAAGAUCUGGAAUAGAAAAAGCCAGUAUGGAAGGCUCAGGUGGUCAUGACCUUUUUAAAUCAGUUCAUACCAGGACUGAAACGGAAGAAUAGAAAAUGUAAGGCUCAAAAAGUUAGGGAAGUAUUGCAAAAAACUACGUAAACCUUUUAAUAUACAAUUUUGUUGGGGUUUGGUACUUUUAUUUAUUUUUUGAAUGCAUUAAUUAAGAUUCCAGUCGGUGUUACGUACAGGGUUAAGCCCAUAAAUCAGACUUUACAGUCAUGGGUUUUGCCCAUGGUUUUGCCUCAAGAUGCUCUGGCAGAACAAACAGUAGCCCCGCCCACCUCGCCUUCCCUCAUUGGCUGCUUGGCCCGUCAAUCAAAGGCGUCACGAAGGCGUUGUUCUCAUGGCUGACAGGUACGAUGGUGUCGCCAACCAGGGGACGAGGCGACCGACAACCGUCAACAUUUCAGCUUUCCCCCCGUGUGUUUUGUGCGGAUAAACGUGAUGUCGCUUGGUUUUGAAAGUGCAGGCACCCCGGGCGGCCUCACUAAGCGGACAAAGCUGAAGUCCUGGAUGUAGCCCGGUAGCCUGGCCGCUGUGAGAGGAAGCCAUUGUUUGAAAUGUCGGCGAUCAUGGCAACGAGAGCUGGUACGGUAUUGUUGCAGAGGAUCCUGUUGAGGUCAUCCUACAUGAUGUGUGACAGUAGCGAAGCCUGUGAGCAGUCCCCCUCUCCUUCGCAUGGGGUUGGCCACCUUAUCUCACCAUCCUCCUAAAGUGUUUUCUCCCAACCUGCCAAGAUGACUGACAGGAAGGAGCCUCCCUUCUUUAAUGACGACAGUGUGGGAGCGUUUCAGUACAAGCUCCCCUUCUAUGACACGAUGGAGCUCUUCAUAGAGACCCUGACAGGGACCUGUUUUGAGCUGCGCGUGUUGCCGUUUGAGGCUGUAAUUUCAGUCAAAGCGAAGAUCCAGAGGUUGGAAGGUAUCCCUGUUGCCCAGCAGCAUCUUAUAUGGAACAAUGUAGAGCUGGACGAUGAACAUUGUCUACAUGAUUAUGGCAUUGCAGAGGGCUGCACUUUAAAACUGGUCUUGGCCAUGAGAGGAGGCCCAAUCAACACCAGAAAAGUAACUGUCGAGGAUCCCGUUAAAGAAGUGGCAGACUUGAUGGGAAGCACAAAGGAGGAGGGUUGGGAUAAAAGCCUAGCAAACAAGCAGGUCACAUUUGUGGUCUAUCGUGAGGGGGACCAACUAAACUUCUUCCGAGUUGUCAACAGAGCAGAUGGUUCUCUGACACCUCUAACCGAAUCCUUGAGCGGUGGUUCGGUGUACAGCGUCUAUGCAGAGGAGGAGGACAGAGAAUGUUCUACAGCUGCACAGCAGAGGCUUGAAAACUCCAUAACCAUGACCAAAAUGAAGCUUCUCAAAGCCAAGAUGGAGGACAUGAACCUGAACAAGAAGAAGUUGGUAAAGCCACGGCCCCCCGGUACCCCACAUCCCUGUGGCAGCUCUCUUGGUCUUCCCAGCACACGGCACCAUCAUCGCCUUUUUCAGUCGCUACCACAGAUCAACCAGCCUCAGCAGAUCAAUUCCCUACUACCUCCAAUUAUAGACCAUGAAUCUAUACGGCCUUCUCCACCCCACACCCCGGCAACCUCUGCCCAUUUCACGAUGCCUGCACCAUCUCCUCCUCCUCUCUUGUCACCAUCUUGUUAUAUGCUUCAGGAGGAGGAGCCAUGGGAGUCAUGCCCACCUUUUGCAAAGAUCCGCCCCCCUCCUAAAGUCUCCCGAAUGGACAUUGGCAGCAGCAGACUGAUGAGAGAUUGCAUUUAUCCACAGCUCCCGCCACUUUGCACCAGGGGGUCGCCCGAAGCCCCUUUCGACCCAGUCGAGCCUUCGGCAGAGACAGUCGGGCUUGGUUUAUUUGAGGAGUCACUUGGAUUUGUGGCACCCCCACAGCCUAUAGCUCCAUUUGGGGAGCUUUCAGACCCUCUCAGACUAGAUGUGUCCAUACAGCCAGAGGGAGAUUGUCAAUCUGUAGAUGUUGGGUCUCAGCACCAACUGCCGCACUCUCCUUCCCCACUCAGUCACUGGACACUCGGCACAAGUGACACACUCACCAGGAGAGCUGAUGGAACGCUUGGCACAUCAAUGCAUAUCAGCCCUCCCUCUUCAUCAACUUCAACACGACUGCUGGCUCGGCCUUUUGACUCCACUCUUGGUUUACAGCUUAACCUAGAAGGACAGCCAGACAACUCAUCCUUUCAUCCCCGAGCCGCCAUAUCAAGUCACCCACCACGCAUCAACUGCGUUAAAGUCGAGUCACCUGGCAAAAGGCCAGAGCUGAUCUCUAAGAGAGAAGCGAGAAGCAUCACUAAGAUGGCAAACCAAGCCUGUAAGGAGUCACUGGGUUCUCUGAGCAACUCCGAGCUCCUGGCAUCUCUCUCGACCAGAGCUCCUGACAACAGGAGGAGGGACAGCUUUGGGGACGGUCUCGGACUUGCACUGACUUUGCCUCCCGCCGCUGCCCCGGGACAGGGAAGCCACAGCUCCAAGCUGCCGUCUAUCCCAACUAACAGGCUCUUUCAGGAUGAUCUCAUUAAACAAAUGUCACCUUUACACCGAGCAGCUGCCUCUUACAGGACAAGCAAUUCUCUCGCAUCUGCUGGAGGAGUUGUCACUUCAUUCAGGACAAUAGGUGCUCCCACAUACCACCUACCUCCAGUCAAAGCCCCAGGCACCAAGAAGAAGAGCUCAAAGCACUGCUUCCUCUGUGGCAAGAAGACUGGGCUGGCCACCAGCUAUGAAUGCAGGUGUGGCCACAACUUCUGUGCUACCCACCGCUACGCAGAGACACACGAGUGCAGUUUUGAUUACAAGACUGCCGGGCGGCGGUUUCUGCAGGACAACAACCCUCUUAUCAGUGCUCCCAAGCUGCCUAAGAUCUAACCUCCGUCACCCUCAUCUCUCACAGGGGACAAACGAAAAGGACAAGUUCAACCAACUGGAUGGAAGAGGAAAAAAAAAAAAAGUUCUGUAAAGGCUUUUUGAGAAAGGACCUUGGACACCACUGUGUGCUUUUUUUAUCAGCCAAGUUUGCUUAAAAUUUUAUUCAAUAUUCUGUAACGCCAAGUGGGAACAAACAAGAGUGGACUAAAAUAACCUAGGAUUAAUUAUUACUCUUGACAAUGUGAAAAUAUUUAUCCCUUGUAUCUGUUACAUUAUUUUUCAUUUAUUUAGAUUAAAAAAAUUGCAUGCAUGUAGGUAGUGUUUAGUAAAUAUAUCUGUUGCACUUUUGUUUUUUUUGUAAUUAAAUAGGACGGCUGACGACUUCAUUAGACAAGUCUUUAACAGAUGCACUUUAGACCUAUAUUUAUACGUAUGAUUUUACUUUGUGUGCAUCCCUGUGUUUAUCUAAAUGAAGUGUGAAUAUUCAGAUUUUUAUAUUCUGCACAGCUAAAAGUCUUCUUUUUACCCGGGCACAUACAUACCAACAUUACUAAUGAUUUUUUUUCCUAAGAGAGAAUAGUACAUCCACUAUUGAAUGGAAUACUUAAUAUUUAUUAAUGAAUACUUCUUAUUUAAAUUAAAGGUCGGUUUUUAAAUGGUAAGUAUGCAAUGUGCGUAUGUGUGAAUGUUGGUAAUUUGUUCACCUAUUGACUAAACUGUAUUAGGAGUGGGGGUGGGGUGGGUUAUGUUAUUGAUGAUGUGUCUACAGUGAGUUGAUUGCCAUAAUAAUCUUUUGUAAGUCUUUUUUUUUUUUUAUUUAAUCGAUCAGCUAUUGCAAAAUCUUUAAAUGCCGGUUACGUAUCUACUGGCUUUGAUCUAAUAAAGUUUCUUUCAAUAUG